GAAGUGCGUCAGCGACCUCCUCCCGGAAGUAUGCAGCCGUCAUCUGGUCCGGUAGCUUCUGUGUUGUAUGGGGGAGCUGAAUGGGCAACACGAAUGAUCAAUUUAAGUAAAUUUGUGCAUUUUUGUGGCGUGUAGAUGUCCGAAAGCACAGAGUGACGAUGCAGCUCCUCACUCCUCAUGUUUACUGGGCUCAGCGUCACGGAGAGAUAUAUCUCCGGGUGGAACUGAGCGAUGCCAAGAAUCUCGACAUCAGCCUGCAAGAAAACAACACACUUCAGUUCAGAGCACGAGGCCACGGAGCUAAAGGAGAUAAUGAAUACGAGUUUAGUUUGGAGUUCCUGGAACCUGUCAGUCCUGAGAUCAACCAUAAGUCCACCCAACGUCAGGUGGACAUCAAGAUCAGGAAGCAGGAGGAGCGCUGGUGGGACCGGCUGACGCUGCAGGAGAAGAAGCCUCUGUUUCUGGCUCCUGACUUCGACCGCUGGCUGGAUGAGUCUGAUGCCGAGAUGGAGCUUCAGGCUAAGGAGGAAGAGAAGAUUAACAGGAUAAGCGUGGAGUCGAGAGUUCGUAAAGACCCCUAUGUCGGCCUGAAGAAAGGCUACUUGUUCAUGUACAACCUGGUGCAGUUCCUGGGAUUCUCCUGGAUCUUUGUCAACAUGACAGUCCGACUCUUCAUUCUUGGUCAAGAUUCGUUCUACGACACCUUCCACACCACGGCUGAUAUGAUGUAUUUCUGUCAGAUGAUGGCCGUCCUCGAGGUCGUUAAUCCCUUGCUGGGUCUGGUUAAGACGGGAUUUUUUCCUGCUAUGUUACAGGUGGCCGGCAGGAACGUCAUUCUGUUCGUUAUCUUCGGCAGCCUGGAGGAGAUGCAGAACAAACCCGUGGUCUUCUUCGUUUUCUACCUGUGGAGCACCAUCGAGAUCUUCAGGUACCCCUUCUACAUGCUGGCCUGCAUCGGCACAGAGUGGAAGCUGUUGACGUGGCUCAGGUACAGCCUCUGGAUCCCGCUGUACCCACUGGGGGUUGUGGCUGAAGCGGUGGCUGUGAUUCAGUCUCUGCCCGUCUUUGACGAGACUCGUUUGUUCAGCCUCCCCCUCCCGGCGGCGCUGGGACACUCUUUAAGCUUCUCCUACACCCUGCAGCUAUACCUGAUCUUCAUGUUCCUGGGACUCUUCAUCAAUUUCCGACACCUGUACAAGCAGAGGAAGAGACGAUACCGCUCGAAGAAAAGGAAAGUCCACUGAAUGAUCAGCACACGCUGUGAACCGCCGUCCACUUCAGACAAAGCAGCUGUUUUAUUUUUGUCUAAUUGCCUUUACUCUUCUUCCUACACACACACACACACACUGACUGCAGGCCAGAUGUAUAAACGAUGCAUACAACAACUGUGUGUACACCCCCCCAACCACCACCACCACCACCACACACACACACACACACACACACAGUGUUUUCCAGUUUCACAGCUUGUGUUUUGAUGUUUGGAGCUGCUUCCCUGUUACUGGUCGUUUCAUUUGAUCCUGAGCACAAAGUCAAGCCUGUUUCAGUAUGAGCUCUGCAGAUUAGUCACUGAUUGACGUUUACUGCUGAUGAUGAUGGUUGAGGUGUUACCGUGGUGAUGACUUACAGGCACGUAUGAUGAGUUAAUGGUAUGGGCCCUGCAAAUAGCCACAGCUGUGAGUCACAUGUCAUGACAGCCGCUCUGUAUGAGAACCUCGCUGAUGACACACUGUGUCAAACUGCACUUUUUCUACUCUGACUGGAUUAAUGACUGCUGGAGCAGCAACACACAUCGAUAUUCCAACGUCGUGGUGUUUAAGGUCAUUUCUGUCUGUUUGUGUCUAAUUGUGUGCCUGUUGGGUGGUGAUCAGUACAUCAGCUAAAUGUACCCACGAAUCUACGCAGGGACAACAACAGUCAAGCAAGGAUUUUCACACCCCUGGCUGUCAGUAGCUUUAGACAACGUACCAUAGCGCCCUCUACUGACCAGCCACUUCUGGUCAGGAGUUUUGUGCACCUGGCCCUGGGCGGUGGUGAACUGGUCACUUUGUCCCUCCACUGGGUGAACUGGUAACCUUGUCCAAACCGGAUCCUGUAAUCCUUCUGCAGCAGCUCGAUGACGCACCGCCGACCGUCAGCUGAAAACUGUGUGCUGGUGGAUCCAUCGCUUUCCGACUGAGUUUGAGUUGACGUUUAUUCUCUGAAACUGUUCAUACUUAUCAAGAUUUCUGUCUGUCUGCUUUGUUCUGUCUUAUGUCUGAUUUUCUUGCUGGGACAUGUAGGAUUUUUUUUUUUUGUUUAAAAGUUACAAUAAAGUUACAUGUGUUUUCACUAUAUUCAUUUUAAUUCAUAUUAUUCACACUAUUUAUAGAAUUAGAGGACUUGUUGGUUCAAAAAUAACUUUGUUACCCUCCAAAUGGUUCUUCAGAGCAUGUUUUAAUGGAGUCUUUAAACCCAUUAAUGAACUUUGUAUAAACUUUUGUUUUUAUACUCUCUGCUGUGGUGCGUUCACGGAUGCUUUACUGUCUGUGAAUUUAGAAUUUACUUCAUUGUUUAAACUGCAAAAGACAAGAAAAUUUAUAUAAUCAUCUCCCUAAUGUUCAAGUUUGCUUGUGCUCUUUUUGGUUUUUUGUUUUACUGUAUGAAAAGCCUUCAAAAACAAAAUGCUUUUUGUCACCAUCACUUUGAUAAUUGUUCUUGCAAGUAUUAAACUCGCACAUUCUUGGAAAACCAGUCAGUAGUGAUGUACAGUUUACACAAUUUGGAGUUAAAAAAAAAAAGUUCAAACAAACACUUUAAUGCUCAUGGAAUAAAUAGAAAUGAACUCAGAAGCCUGUCAGUCUGAGCAGGUUUGAACCAGAGGAAAUAUUCCAGAAAGUGAAACCAGUUUCAGUGUUCACACCAGACUUAAAAAAAUUUGUGCUUAUCCUCUAAGUUUAGAAUAGAAUAGAAUAAAUUUUUCAGUUGGGAAAAUCUAAAUGUUGGUUUUUGUGGUCUGUUUGUUCAUCAUGUGAUUUAUUCAGCUUCCUGCUUUUUAAACAUUAGAAUGAAAGAUGUCAGUGAAAUCAUUGUUCUCAGGAAACCUCAUACUGUUGGCCGUUUUCAUCGUCACACACCUGCAUGAAAACCUGUACAGAGUUACAAAGUCCUGCAGAGGAUUAACAGAGGCAGGAAAAUAAAAUCUGAUUCAUCAGUUGA